AUGUCUCAAACUCCCAAAGAUACAGCGGCGUCUAGUGGCCCAGGAGCGACACCUGCUUCUUUAAAAGCAAUACAGCGCAUUGUGACCGUUAUCGAUGCCAAUCAUUUCACUCCGAAAAGCUUUCUUGAAGCGUGGCUUUUAUCAAAAGAUCCAGCUAUUAGAAAAACUCAACGAGUGUGGUCCGCUUUGGGUACAGGCCUGCAGUCCACCGGAAGAUUACUAUGUGCAAUUCGAGAUACCCUUCUCAAGACCAAGGCUGGUCAGGCUUUUUGGGAAGAAUGGGUCCUAUCACAGGCCGUUAUUGUGGCCAAGAAUCAACAUCCGCCUUCCGGCAAGGUUCCCAAUGGAUUCUAUAUCAACACGUCAAAUGUAACACCAUCGAUGUUCGACCACAGCGAUGUACAGGAACGAGAAAAGACACUCGAGAAUUCAAUGCCUUUUCUCUACAAUCUAAGUCAAUCAAUCUUUAUCAAUAAUCAAGAGGCGCGAUUGCGUGAGGCAAAUGUACGAAAGGAACGGGUUGAACACAAGAAGAAGCUUGGCGAAACUCAUCUUCCAGCGUUAUUGCCAUUGGAAGACUUUUUGGCACCCAAAACUUCAGAUUUGUCUUUGAUCGGCAAUUCAUCUAUCCAAUCAACAAACCCUCAAUCGGCUAUUGAUCAAGAUAUCAACCUCUUAGACUCAGGUAAUGAAUCAGAUGUGAAUCUCGAAGCAAAAGGAGGAUCUACGAUAGGAGAGGACAAUGAAUAUGUACAGAGCUGGGAUGGUUAUAUUUUUCGAAAGUCAAAAGAUCAAGCACAAAAUGUGAAGACUCGAAGUGCUUCGAUACCUGAGGGUAUCUCAACUAAUCAAGAAACUUUCACCGCCGAAAAGUUGAAUGCCAUACUGAACGAAGCAGAGCAGAAACCGAUAGAUGUGAACGACAUUAAACCAUCAGCAACAGAACUCAAAGACUGGACAUUAACUUUGAAGUCUCAAAUUUCACAAGUCCUGAUUAAAUACGUAGCCGAACCAAUUGAUGGAGCCGGCACUUCGAUCAAGCGACUCAGAGAUCUAUAUUCAAUAAACAUUCCACUGCACAAAAUAGCAGCUUGUACACCGGGUUCAACACUACCAGGUGGUACGCCGAAUGAUAUGUAUGCAAAAGGUAUUGCAAAGCUUAGCAAGUUUGCACAAGAGAAAAAACUGGACAGGUUUCAUUGGCCAAAAGCUGGUUACCCAUACGCUCAAGAAGGUGCAGGUGGUGAUAGUGGCUUUCAAGAAGAUCAUUAUAGUAGCGAUGAUUACUCCGCAUUGGACUCGGAGUAA